GAGGCUUACGUGUUUGCUAUGGUUCCAGUUUGCCGGCGAUUGCACUGACAUCGACUGCUAAUAAAUUCCGCCCCUUUUGUCGUACAUAUUCAGUCACACAGAAACAAGUGCCUAAGAAAAUGGCAGCAGAGAGAACGUUGCCUCAAAUAUUUAAGUUUGUUGAUAAGAAUGCGGAAUCUUACAAAGCUCUUUUAAAAGAAGCAGUUGCUAUUCCAUCAGUGUCGUGUGAUCCUAAAUACCGAGAUGAUUGUGUACGAAUGGUACAUUGGAUGCAGGAUAAAUUAAAGGAAGUAGGAGCAUCAACGGAACUAAGAGAUAUUGGUUAUCAAACGAUUGAUGACAAACAAAUAAAACUGCCUCCUGUUCUUAUUGGUAGCUUAGGAAACGAUCCUACAAAGAACACAAUUUGUGUGUAUGGACAUUUGGAUGUCCAACCGGCCCUUAAAUCUGAUGGUUGGGAAACUGAGCCAUUUGAUCUGCAAGAAAGAAAUGGUAAGCUCUAUGGGCGAGGCUCUACUGAUGACAAAGGACCAGUGUUGGGCUGGCUACAUGCAAUCAAUGCAUACAAAGGCAUUGGUGAAGAGCUACCAGUUAACUUAAAAUUCAUAUUUGAAUGUAUGGAAGAAUCUGGAUCUGAAGGCCUUGAUGAAUUGCUAAUGGAAAAACUAAAACCAGAAGGUUUCUUUGAUACUGUGGACUAUGUGUGCAUUUCUGAUAAUUACUGGUUAGGCACUACCAAACCUUGUAUCACAUAUGGUUUGAGAGGGAUAAGUUAUUAUUUCCUUGAGGUUGAGUGUGCCAAAAUGGAUCUACACAGUGGUGUUUAUGGGGGCACUGUUCAUGAAGCUAUGUCGGAUUUAAUUUAUUUAAUGAACACACUGGUCGACAAAGACGGCAAGAUCCUAAUCACCGAUGUCUAUAAAUCUGUUGCUCCGUUGGUUGAAAGUGAAAAGAAAUUAUACAACUCAAUUGACUUUGAUCCUGAGGCAUACAGACAAUCAAUUGCGGCUCAUAAACUCGCACAUAACGGGGUCAAGGAACAGCUCUUGAUGCACCGCUGGAGAUACCCCAGCUUAUCAUUGCAUGGAAUUGAAGGAGCCGCUUUCCAGCCCGGAGCGAAAACUGUUAUUCCAGGAAAAGUAAUUGGAAAAUUCUCUAUUCGUAUUGUACCGAAUCAGGAACCAGAAGAGAUCGAGCAGCUUGUAUUUGAUUAUAUCAACAAAAAGUGGGCGGAGCGUGGGUCGCCCAACAAGAUGCGCAUCACGGCGCAGAGUGGUCGCGCGUGGACCGAGAACCCCGACCACCCGCACUACCAGGCCGCCGCUCGUGCCACCAAGCUCAUCUACCAGACGGAUCCCGACAUGUCUCGUGAGGGCGGUUCCAUCCCGGUGACGAUCACACUGCAGGAGGCCAGCUCUCGCAACGUGCUGCUGCUGCCCAUGGGCGCCGGGGACGACAUGGCGCACUCGCAGAACGAGAAACUCAAUGUGCGGAACUACAUCGAGGGCAUCAAACUUUUUGCUGCUUACUUGUACGAAGUUGGAAUUCUUCCAAAAUAAUCGAAGAGAUCUUCUCUUCGUAUCAUUUUGUAUUGAAGUCGGUGAACACUUAAAUAUAAAUAUCGUGUUUUCGUCCAAUACUUUGAUAUUUCUAUUAUUAUUGUUGUAUUAAUUUAGCGUCAGACUACAUAUACCGUGGAGGUUUAAAAUAUUUACAGCGAAAUGUUCUAACAUUCCUUACUAAGUACAAGAAAUUUUGUUCGCAUUUUACAUUCAAACGGAUUGCGGAGUGCCUUAUUUAUCAGCAUAAUAUAAACAUGACAUUAAGACUGUAUUCGAUUAAUAUUUUAAAAUCCAACGUAUGGUUUGUAAUUUCGAACUUCAUAAUAAAGGCGAGCAUUACAGCUUCGGUCCAAAGAGGCUUAUAUGAAUAAUUUGGUCUAAGCGACCACUGGUAUGUGUUUUAAUACUGUUUGCAUAAUAUUUUUUAUGAUUUUCGCUUUACUCGGUUAAGAACCUUGUAUUUUUAUAUUAUUUUAUUCUGCAUAAUAAAGUUUGUUAAUUUAAA